ACCAUGGCUGACAGCGGCCGGAUUCCUCAGGCCCGGGCACUUCUGCAGCAGUGCCUGCGCGCCCGCCUGCAAAUACGCCCAGCCGAGGGGGACACCGAGACUCAAUGGGUGGAGGUUCAGAGGGGAUUAGUGAUCUAUGUGUGUUUUUUCAAGGGAGCUAAUAAAGAACUUCUUCCCAAGAUGGUUAAUACUCUGUUAAAUGUGAAAUUAAGUGAAACAGAAAAUGGCAAGCACGUGUCUAUAUUGGAUCUACCUGGCAAUGUUCUUAUCAUCCCUCAAGCCACUCUUGGAGGGAGAGUAAAAGGAAGAAACAUGCAGUAUCACUCUAACUCUGGAAAAGAAGAAGGGUUAGAACUUUAUUCCCAAUUUGUGACUCUGUGUGAGAAAGAAUUAGCUGCUAACAGCAAGUGUGCUGAAGCUGGGGUUGUGGUGGAACAUGGUACUUACGGGAACAGGCAGGUGUUAAAGCUGGAUACCAAUGGACCAUACACACACCUAAUUGAAUUUUGAAAAAUUAAAGGUUUUCUAGUAUAAAAUGAUUUUGACUAUAUUUAGAUUUUCUUCCUCUUCUUGAAUACACAAUCUGCAGCAUUUUUAGACAAGAAAAUCCUGGUUCCCACUCAUAACUAUGCAGCCUGAUAAUGGAACGACCUUGCCAAGUCACAAACUCGAUCUCAGUCACCUUUCAUUCUGCUUUCCCCUACACUUCCACUUGAAAACUUGAAAAAUGCUUUCUAUUCAUUUCAUAGUCAUUGUGGAAAUGUUCUUAGAGAGCUGUAUUUAAAAGCAUUUUGUAGUGAAGAAUAUUGUGUAAUCUAGUAAGAUAUAUUUCUUGUACCUUUAAAUGUAUGUAGUGUGUAAUAAAAAUAAUUAUUUUUAUUAAAAUUAGGUGAAAUCCCACACAAACUAAUUACAAUUUUGUCAGUUAGGUUUUACUAUUUCAGUUUUCCAUAUUUUGAAUGGAACAAUAUGCUAUUGACUAUUCCUUUUAAUAAUAUCUAUGAAAGUGUAAUAUAGAAAUGUUAUUGUGCAUUAUGUUACUUUCUAAGGACAUCUAAGUGCUUUAAAUCAUUUUAAGACUCUUUAGUUGAUGCAAGAAAGUGUGAGGUUUAAAAAUUGUUUUUAUUUAAUAUAUGUAUGAGUUAAUACUUCAGUUUCUCAGUUUUUUACCAAAAUAAUGUGUGUCUUAUUUUCUGUCUUUGAUUUUUAAAAGUUACUGCUUUGUGAAAUUAACGUUCAUAAGAAGUCCUUUCUUAUUUAAUUAUAUUGCUGUAAAAGGAAGAAGAAGAAAAAGGGAAGAUUUCUACUGGAAUUAUUUGGAAACAAGUCAAUUCGUUCCUUUCCAUAUUACUUACCUGACGAUUUGGAGCCACUGUCAUUUUUUCUGUUAGUGAAUGUUUGUGCCCAUCACCCCCCAUUCAUAUGUCGAAGUUCCCCAACAUGAUGGUUUUGAAGAUGGGGCUUUGGGAAGUAAUUAGGGUUAAUAGAGAAAAUAAAUUUCUGUUAUUCAAGCCA